CCCCUGCCCCUGGGAGACACUAUCCUUGCAGUGUUUUAGGCUGUUUUGAAAUGCUUUUCUCUAGAAGAAUUUUUUUUUUCCUUGAUACCAAAGAGCUGCUGCUGCUCGCGUGGCUGGCGCACCGGGGGCAGAGGACAUCGGCGGCACCUGUCGGCUGGUGAAAAUGCAGACUGAUGAUGGCGCGUCUAGGGACGCGCUUUCCCUGGUCUGCACACCGCACACACCUUGAAUGACAGCGACUUAUUCUCGACAGGCUUUUCCUGCGGGAAGCGCCACGCGCGGUCCUUCGGCUUGCUCUGGAAAAUCUGGAGAGGGUCUCGGACGCAGAAGAGGAGCCGGGCGCGGCGAGCCCGGGAGCGACUCCAGAGCCCGGGGACGCCGGCCCUGCCGUGCGCGUCGCCGCGGACCGGCUGUGCAGGCCGCGGGCCCCCAGCCUGAGAGCGGGCGGCGGCGGCGAAGGGGCGAUGCGGCCAGGCGUGUGCGGACUCUGAGCUGCCUAGCGCAGCGGAGGCUCCGGCCUGCGCGCUCCCGGCCGGGCAGCUUCACCCGAGCCCGCGCCACCGGGGAUCGGCGGCCCAGUCGGCGUCCGGGCGGGGUGGGGGCACCACGUGCAGCACAACAGCUGCCGCCAGAUGUGCCGGCGCCCCGCUGCGAGGCCGGCCCCCCGGAGAGGCUCCUGCCCGCGCCGAAGCCCCGCUCGUCCUUGCCGCUGGCAGCCUUCGUGAAGGAAGCCGGCGACCCCCGGCCGCGCAGGGUCGCGGAGAGAGGCGGCGGCGGGAGCACGCCCGGGCUCCCAGAGCGUUGCUCGAAUCGAAGCGCCUCGCCGGGAGGUUUGUCCCCGCGCGCUCGCCGUGCCGCGCGGCGCCAGCGGCAGGGGAGAGCGCGCGGCUGAGAUGGGCGAGACCAUGUCAAAGAGACUGAAGUUCCAUCUGGGCGGGGAAGCAGAGAUGGAGGAGCGGGCGUUCACCAACCCCUUCCCGGACUACGAGGCCGCUGCCUCCGCGGUGUUCGCCGCCGGGGCGGCCGAGGAGACGGGCUGUACUCGCCCCCCACCCACCACCGACGAGCUUGGCCUCCCUUUUCACAACAACGGAAAGAUCAUUCAUAAUUUCACAAGGCGAAUCCAGACCAAAAUCAAAGAUCUUCUACAGCAAAUGGAGGAGGGGCUGAAGACAGCUGACCCACAUGAUUGCUCUGCUUAUACUGGUUGGACAGGCAUAGCCCUUUUGUACCUGCAGCUGUAUCGGGUCACGGGUGACCAGACCCACCUGCUCCGGUCCCUGGAUUACGUCAAGAGAACACUUCGGAACCUGAAUGGCCGCAGGGUCACUUUCCUCUGCGGAGACGCCGGACCCCUUGCUGUAGGAGCUGUGGUGUAUCACAAACUCAGAAGCGACUGUGAGUCCCAGGAAUGCAUCACAAAACUUUUGCAGCUCCAGAGAACCAUCGUGUGCCGAGAUUCAGAGCUUCCCGAUGAGCUGCUUUAUGGUCGGGCGGGUUAUCUGUAUGCCUUACUCUACCUGAACACGGAGAUUGGUCCAGACACCGUGUGUGAGUCAGCCAUUAAAGAGGUAGUCGGCGCUAUCAUCGAGUCAGGCAAGACUCUGUCGAGGGAAGAAAGGAAGGCCGAGCGCUGCCCGCUGCUCUACCAGUGGCACAGGAAGCAGUAUGUUGGAGCAGCGCACGGCAUGGCCGGGAUCUACUACAUGCUAAUGCAGCCAGCAGCAAAAGUGGACCAAGAAACCUUGACAGAAAUGGUGAAACCUAGUAUUGAUUAUGUGCGCCACAAAAGAUUCCGAUCUGGGAAUUAUCCGUCAUCAUUAAGCAAUGAAACAGAUCGCUUGGUCCACUGGUGCCAUGGUGCGCCCGGUGUCAUCCACAUGCUUAUGCAAGCUUACAAGGUCUUUAAGGAGGAGAAAUACCUGAAAGAUGCCAUGGAGUGUAGUGAUGUCAUUUGGCAGCGAGGUUUGCUUCGGAAGGGCUACGGGAUCUGCCACGGAACAGCCGGGAAUGGCUAUUCGUUCCUGUCCCUGUACCAUCUCACGCAGGAUAAAAAGUAUCUCUACCGAGCUUGCAAAUUUGCAGAGUGGUGUCUAGAAUAUGGAGCACAUGGGUGCCGCAUCCCCGACAGACCCUACUCUCUCUUUGAAGGCAUGGCUGGCGCGAUUCACUUUCUCUCGGACAUCUUGGCACCGGAGACAUCCCAGUUUCCGGCAUUUGAACUUGCUCCUUCGCAGAGGAACAAAAAGAUGUAAAGAGACUAUAAGACACCUGUUUGGACCAAAAGCCAGGUUGCUUAGUGCCUGACACAGAACCAACUGUGAAUCCGGAAGAAGGCAAAAAAAAAAAAAGAAGUAAACACCUUCACGGGCCCCCUUUGUUGCAAAGACCCUCAAGUUAGAGCAUGAAUGACAGAAACCAUCCCGUCAGCGUUUUGUAACAGUGUUCCCCUCACUGGUGUGAAAUACGAAUUCUUCACCUCCAGCCCUCUGUAGCAUUUGCAUGUUCCUUGGUGUUCGUUGUCUAGAGGUAUAAGUUGUUCCAAACAGAAAGCCCUUCCCUUCCCAUGAGCCCGGAGCCGAGCGCACGCGAGGGCAUGGCGGCAGCCACUUCUCUGUGUAUAAGAUUUAAGGGAGGUGUCUCCUGUGUUGACAGGGAAGAGUCAGGCAGUGUCUCUCUCAUAUACCAGAAAGCGUCUCUAAGGUGGUAUCCUUGUGGUACUUUGUCAGCACUCUCUGUGAGUACCUUUUGGACAAGCACGAGGGAAAGACCAUUCCAAAAACCGAAAAGAAAGAAGAUAAGAGGGGGGGUUUUGCUGGAAUGGUUGGGGGUGGGGGUGGGGGUUGAGCCUUUGCACCGGGUCGCCGAACGCUCUGCUCCCUCUUUGUGUUUUGUGUUCACCCUUGGUGUUUUUAAGAAGCCAGAGGGCAUGCGUCGCAGCUCUACUGGGGCGCCCUGUUCUCAGCUGAAGUUCCGGGCACCUGUGUGGAGUUCCAGAGGCUCCUGCCAGUCCCAGCCCAAACCAGCCAGUGCCCUGGGCGCUGGACUUCGUGAUACCAGAAAACAGCCAAGGGAGGCCUUUCCAUGACCAUACUGUAAAUCAAGUAGGGGUGACUAAGCGUUGGCAAUUCUAGAUUUGGCUUACAUUAUUAAAACUUUAUCAUCAUCAUAACCUAUUAUAAGUUCAGUAGAUCCAAUUCCAGAUGGCGAUAAGCAGAUAUUCACCUGUUCCCCUGUCCCUGCAAUUAAACUUACAUCAAAAUUUGGUAAGUUAUCUCAGUGUAAAUUUGGGAGGAAUACGGUCAUUUUUGGCCUACUUUUGGGUGAUUGAAAUCUCACAUUUGAUUGAAAUAUAUGAAGCAAUAAAAGGACUAGUCUGCAUUUAUACAUAUGGGAAACAUAAUCUAACCAAGAAAAUUGUGGUAUUAAUCUGCCUGACCUGUUUUAUCUAAAAAAAUGGACAUUAAUUUGGAUUAGCAUAUUCUCAGUAAUUCUGUCGUGUGGAUUUCAGGUUUUAGAAGAGUUUGUCAUCACCGUACCAGUGACCUGGGACUUUCCACGCACUUCUCUUGUGAGCUAAGGCACGGGUCAUAAAAGCCUAGAUAGGUUUCUCCGCUGGUCUGGUCCUUGUCCAUAAGGGUCUGUCUAACCACUUAUCAGCCCUAGUUUCCACUCCUUUCAUAAAGGAGCAGGAAUAUCCAUGCAGAAGACAAAUCUCCUUCAUGCAUAUGCAGUUCGUCGGGUGUUGCUGAACCUUCUUUGUGGGCCUGGCAUCUGAACAUGGACCUUCAUUUUCUUUUCUUUUUUUUUUAAAAGAUUUUAUUAAUUUGUUUGACAGCGAGAGACAUAGCGAGAGAGGGAACACAAGCUGGGGGAGUGGGAGAGGGAGAAGCAGGCUUCCCACGGAGCAGGGAGCCUGAUGCAGGGCUCGAUCCCAGGACCCUGGGAUCAUGACCUGAGCCGAAGGCAGACGCUUAACGACUGAGCCACCCAGGCACCCCCCUUUUUUUUUUUUAAGAUUUUAUUUAUUUAUUUGACAGAGAGAGACACAGUGAGAGCAGGAACACAAGCAGGGGGAGUGGGAGAGGGAGAAGCAGACUCCCCGCAGAGCAGGGAGCCCGACGUGGGGCUCGAUCCCAGGACCCUGGGAUCAUGACCUGAGCCGAAGGCAGACGCUUAAUGACUGAGCCCCCUCAGGCGCCCCGGGACCUUCAUUUUCUAAAUGAAGCCUCAUGGAUGCCUUCAUUGCAGACACUGUUUCUAAGUCAUGACUAUCUUCUCUCACGUUAGGUUGAUGGCUUCCAUGGGUAUAAAUGCUCUUGGUUAUAUUUUAACCAACCUCCUGGGCCUGCCCAGUACUUCUCAGGCAGCCCAGUACCCCAUUCCUAAAGUCGGGACAUGCGGUCCUGGGUCAGUUGAGGGGGACUGUUUGGCAGGAGAGCCAAACAACCAUGCCCCCUCCUUCCCUCCCCACCCACCUCCUCCAAACCACACACACACAGCUUAGGAGGUCUUGCCUGCCUCAAGGCUUCGGCUAACAGCUUUGCCCAAACUUAAUUCCUCAGGGGAAGCCAAUGGGACUGCACAGGGGUUACCCCCAGAAACCCGCAGUACAUCCUGCCUCAGCCAGGGGGAGCACGUCGAAGGCCCUGAUUCUGGGCACAUGUCUCCAGAGCAGAAACAGCAAUGGAGACUCGCUCACUUACCUGGGCAUCUCACCAUAUAUGAGAAGUUAAGUGUCAGCCUUCUUUCCAACUAAUGUACUGAGGGAAAGAUAAAGUAUUCGUGGAAUAAAUGGAGCUUUUAUUUACGGGGUUUCCUUUUUUAAGUCAGCUGGGUUGACACCCUCCUGCUUACCCACUAGAUGUUAACAGAUGCGCAGCUCUCCGACUCUACGUUAUCCCCCUUCCUAGCACCUGUUACGUAGCUGCUGCAGAAGGGACAGUCCCUGAAGGCAGAGGAGAAACGGCAUCCACUUCAAGGAACAGAAAACUUACGGAAGUCGGUUCAGUAAUUCUAAGUGUUUGAAUUCAGAUCUCAGAACAUCGCACGGUGAUCUCUUGAUUUGUUUGUGAUCUCCAAAAUGUGUCUAAAUUUUAAAACUAUGUGUAUGCACAAUACCAUUUUAAAAUUUGAAAGAAAAAAAGUCGAUGGCCACAAAAAGUGUGUGGAGUUCUUUGGUUUCGUUAGUAAAGACAGUUCCGCGAUGA